CCCGCUCAAAAAUUAACAAGAAAUAAAUAAAUAAAGUUAAAAUUUGAUAAUUCCUCAUAAUAUUCAAAUAAAAUCAACUAUUUUAACAAGUUUUAUUGAUAAUUUGUGCUUCAAGUUAAUUAAAAUAUCAAUGAGUGAAGAAAUGGAUGACUCACUUUCAACCAAUGGUCGUGGCAAAAGACGUAAAAUUGAAAAGAAAAAUGCUUCGGCUUUUGAGAAAUUAAGAGCAUCCAAACAAGGAGGAGUAAAUAAGUGGGCACCCGAAGAGUCGUCAAAAAUUUAUGAUGAAGUUGAUGAAGAAGAAUACUCUAAGCUUGUUUCAUCUCGUGCUGGUAACUGGAUUGUUGAUGAUGAUGGUGAAGGCUAUGUAGAAGAUGGACGUGAGAUAUUUGAUGAUGCAGAAGAAGAUUACGAACUGCAAUCUUCUGAUUCAAACAAGCGGAAAAGUCAUCAAAAUAAACGUGGAUCAAAACUGCCAGAUGAACCAGUGGCUAAAAAGAAAUCUCUCAAGAAUUUCUUUGCAACCAAAGAAAGCAAAGAAAAGGAAGGAACGAGUGUGGAAGAUGACAAUUUGUUAAAAAAUAUUCUCGGGGAGUUGAACACUUCAUCAAAUAAUAAAGAAGAUUCGAAAUCAAACUCUAUAAUUACUCCAAAACCUAUGAAAUCUAUCAGGAAACAAGCAAAUGAAUCGGAAAUUGAAGUGAAAAAAUACAUGGAAAAGUUUGGGAAGAAAGCGCAAGAGAAAAAAGAUUUCAAAGCUGAUAAUAUCCUCGAAGAUUUGCUUAAAGAAGAACGAAAAUCAAAAGGGAGAAAAGAUGAUGAGAAUGUGAAAAUAUCUUCAAAUGUUCAAGUAAAAAAAGAAAUUUCAAUUUCACUUCAACCAUCGACAAAUGUAGAUCAGGAAGAUCAAGAAAUGCUGGAAGCUUCAUUGAUGGAUGAAGACGAUGAUUUUCCAAUUGAACAAUUAAAUGAUUUGGAAAAGUCUAAAGAGUCAAAACAUGUUCAGAAAUCGGAAAUCAAAAUCGAAUUAAUAAAAGUUAAAUCACCACCAGUCAUCAAGACAAUAACAGCCAAACCGGUUGACAGUGAAUCAACGAUUUUCAAUGAACUUCAGGGAAUUGAUUUUGAUGCAGAAAUUAAGGAAGUUGAUGAGAAUAUUGAUUGGAGUACUGAAACGAUGAAAUUUUAUUAUCUCGAUGCUUGGGCAGAUGCUAAUAAUCGUCCUGGUGAAGUGUAUUUGUUUGGAAAAAUUGAAGUUCCUGGCGGAAAUAAUCAGCAAACAACUUAUAAUUCGAUUUGUGUUCGUAUUGAGAACGUUGAUCGAACACUUUUCCUUCUACCAAGAAGUCAUGUUUAUAAUUUGAGAACAAAGUCAGAGACUGACAAGGAAGUGACUAUUUCUGAUGUUUAUGAAGAGUUUGAAGGGAGAAUUCUAGAAGAAUUGAAACUUUCGAGUUUUAAAAGUCGAAAAGUUUUCAAAUCAUUCGCUUUUACUGUUCCCGGUGUUGAUGUUCCAAUCGAAAGUGAAUAUUUAGAAGUUUCUUAUGCAGGGAAAUAUCAAGCACCAAACCCUAAAAACAAUUAUUCAACAAUCGCUCAUAUUUUUGGCUCCAACACAUCGCCAAUCGAAACUCUCCUCCUAGAACGGAAGAUUAAAGGUCCAUGUUGGCUUGACAUCAAAAAUUUCAAAGUCACAGAAGCACAAUCAAGUUGGACAAAGAAGCAAAUCUCAUGUCCUGAUAUGAAUUGUGUAAGUGUCUCGAUUGCUGAUGGACAACAACAUAACCCUCCGCCACCAUUAGUGGUCGCAACAAUAAAUGUCAAAUGCAUUUUAAAUUCCAACAACAAUCGCAAUGAAAUUGUGCAAAUUUCUUGUUUGGUGCAUGAUAAAUUUCAAUUAGACAAACCAAACACGCAACUCGUUACACGACAAUUUUGUGGCUUAAGUCGACCAUCAAAUAAAAGUUGGCCAUUUGAUUUACCGGCAUCAUUAGGAAAGUUCAAAAAAUUUAAAAUCUUCAAGUUUGAUAACGAGCGAGCGCUUCUUAGUUGGUUCUUAAGCAUUUAUCAGAACAUUGAUCCUGAUCUUGUGGUGACUUUUGAUUCUAAUGAUUGUCAACUCGACAUCAUUUGCAAUCGAAUAACAUUUUUAAAGAUUCCAAUGUGGUCACGUAUUGGACGUUUAAAGAUAAAUCAAAUUCCUGGCAAACGUGUUCAAGAAUUCUUCAUUGGUCGAAUGAUUUGCGACGUGAAACUUUCAGCCACUGAACUUAUCAAGAGUCGAAGCUACGAUUUAGGUGCUUUGUGUCAGAAAGUGUUGAAAAUCAAAGAGGAUGAACGUCAAGAGAUAAUUUAUGAUAACAUUCCGUUCGCUUACGACAAUAGCACGUCGAUUAUUGACUUUAUCGAGAUCAACGUUCAAGAUUGCAUCUACAUCAGCAAGUUAAUGGUUGAGUUGAAUAUUAUUCCACUUGCACUUCAGAUUACUAACAUCGCUGGUAAUCUCAUGUCUCGUACACUUCAAGGCGGUCGAUCUGAACGUAACGAGUUUCUCUUGAUGCAUGCUUUUCAUGAAAAGCAGUACAUUGUACCCGAUAAAAAGAUGAUUAAAGAUAAAGAUGCGACAGAGCAUGAUGAUCAACAACAAGGAACGAAAAAGAAAGCAGCUUACACUGGUGGUUUAGUUCUUGAUCCAAUCAAAGGCUUUUAUGAAAGUUUUGUGUUGUUGAUGGACUUCAAUUCUCUUUAUCCUUCAAUUAUUCAAGAAUAUAACAUUUGCUAUACAACAAUCGCACAACCAAAUGAUCCGAAUGAACUCCCAUCACCACCGGAUCCCAAUGAAGAACUCGGAAUUUUACCACGACAAAUUCGACGAUUAGUUGAAAGUCGUCGUAAUGUUAAAUUGUUAAUGGCAAAGUCAAAUCUUUCAUCGGAAUUAAAAAUGCAAUAUAACAUUCGACAAAUGGCUUUAAAGUUGACAGCAAACUCAAUGUACGGUUGUCUUGGCUUUUCAAAGUCUCGCUUUUAUGCACCACACUUAGCAGCACUCGUUACUUGUAAAGGUCGUGAAAUUUUAAUGGCAACGAAGACACUCGUUGAAAGAUUGAAUCAUAAUGUGAUUUAUGGCGACACAGACUCAAUCAUGAUCAAUACGAACUCUCAAGAUUUUGACGAGGUCUACAAGAUUGGUGCGAAUAUUAAAAAAGCGGUCAAUUCAACUUACAAACAUGUUGAACUUGAUAUUGACGGUGUUUACCAAAAGCUGUUGUUGUUGAAGAAAAAGAAAUACGCAGCAGUUGCUGUCACACAAAAGCAACCGGGAAAGCUGGAAUAUUGUCACGAAUAUAAAGGCUUAGACAUUGUUCGACGUGACUGGUCGAAAAUUGCCAGCUCAACUGGUACGGGAGUGCUGGAAAUUUUGUUAUCGAACAAUGGAAAGGAAAUGGAAGAACGUGUUGAGAAUAUUUUUGAGGUUCUUGUUGAAUUGCGAAAUGAUUUCGAAGAAGGAAAAGUUCCACUUCCGAUGUUGGUGAUAACAAAACAAUUAACGAAGGCACCAUCGGAAUAUGCGGAUAUGUCUUCGUUGCCGCAUGUUCAAGUCGCUGAUCGUAUGAACGUUCAAAGAAAUCGACGUUUUAAGAAAGGCGACAUGAUUGAUUACAUUAUUUGCGAUGAUGGAACUGAAAAUCCUUCAGUCAAACGUGGGUAUCAUAUUGACGAGAUUAAAAGUUCUCUUUCUGCAUCUGAUGACAAACCUGAUGAUGAUGAAUCAAAGAACAAGAAGAAAAUUUUAAAACCCGAUAAAUUUUAUUAUUUAUCACAACAAAUCCAUCCAGUAAUUUGUCGAUUGUUGGAACCGAUUGAAGGAAUCGACAGUGCAGUGAUUGCUGAAAAGCUCGGCUUGGAUCCGAAAGAUUUCCGUGCUAAAGUCAAAGUCACGAGAAGCGAGCAAGAGAACGACACUGAUCAGAUGAUAAAAAGUAACGAGAAGAAGUUUCGUGAUUGUGAAAAGUUUAUGUUUCCUUGUGCAAGUUGCAAAUCGAUAAACUUUGUUGCUGCUCCAUUCAAACGUGACUCAUCAUCGAAAGUUGUUUCAGUUUUCGACAAAUGCAUCAACAAUGAAUGCAAAGUCAAACCUUUAGACUACUUACCGUCGAUAAAAAAUCACUUACGUGCGUCAAUUACGAAAGCUAUUCAAAGAUUCUAUGAAAAUUGGUUUAUCUGUGACAAUCCGAUGUGCAACAACAGCACACAGAAUUUUGCUUGGCCAAUCGAUGGAUCAUCGAAUCUUAUGUGUUUGACAUGCAUGGAGGGAAACUUACAACGUAUUUACACAAAUCAAGAGCUGAACAUGCAAUUGGAUUACUACAAUUUCAUGUUCAACAUCCGUUCGAUGGAAACAAUUGAAGCGCUUCAUCUUGAACCAGAUAUCUUUGCUGCAUACGACACAAUGUUGACAACAACUGAAGAAUUCAUUCAUCGAUCGAAAUUCUUCACGAUUGAAUUCAGAAACAAGUUCAACGAUUACGAUUUUAAGCCGAAAGCCACUGAAACUUCAAUUAAUAAAUUAUCAUGGAAACAAUUCUUUGUCGAGACAUAUGCUGAUUAAUGAAUGUCGUCAUGUUCAAUUUCUGAAUCAAAUAAAAGGAUUUCCUAAUUAUU